UUGCGAACACUUGAGCAGUUCGCGAUGCCCGUCAAACUCACAUGGAGUCGACUGAUGGUCACAUACAGACAAUGUCGCAGUCUUUCCACGAUUGCUGUGUCUGGAAGGGAUGCGAGGAAACAAGACACUGGAAAAUCCCGUGUGGCGAUGAGCACAAAUACCUUAGAUCACAGGACGUUCUGCAAAGAACUGGUUCGAACUGUAACUGCUUCCAUGGCCUAGUGGACAGAGUGUCAGCCAGGGAACCGAAGGUCAAUCAAAGCCACAUCACACUAAAAGACAUUAAAAGAAAGAAUGACUAUGAGAACUACUUGUGCUGUCUACUGCUGCCCGGUGCCACACAGAGAGCGGCCCUCGCCAUCAGGGCGUUCAAUGUGGAACUUGCACAGGUCCGGGAGACUGUGUCGGACAAGCAGAGGGGAAUAUUGAGAAUGCAGUUCUGGAAAGACAGCAUAGAUCACAUUUAUAAGGGUUCCACCCCAAAGACGCCUGUGGCAACUGAGUUAGCGGGGGCCAUUCAUCACUUCAAACUGACGAGGAAAUGGCUGACACGGAUAAUAGAAGCAAGGGCUCACAACCUGUCAGACCAGGGCUACAGGAACAUGGAGGAGGUUGAGGCGUAUGCUGAGAACUCUGUGUCAUCCAUCACGUACCUGCUCCUGGAGUGUCUUGGAAUAAAGAAUGUACAUGCUGACCAUGCUGCCAGCCACAUUGGCAAGACUCAGGGCCUGGUGACACUGCUACGCUCAACACCAUACCAUGCCAGCAGGAGUCGGGUGUAUCUGCCUCUAGAUCUGAUUGUGAAGCACAAGAUAUCCCAGGAGAAGAUCAUCCGAGGCAGAGACGACCAGGCGGUGAAAGAUGUGAUGUAUGAUGUGGCCUGUACCGCACACAAGCACCUAGCAACGGCAAGAUCACUAACUGAGGAUGUUCCCAAGGAAGCCAGUCUCGUUUUCCUGAACACAGUCGUGUGUGAGUGGUAUCUGAAGGCCUUGCAGAACUGUGACUUCAAUGUGUUUGACAGCAGACUACAGCAGAGAAACAGUCUCUUGCCACUGCACUUGUGGCUGCAGAAGAGACGGAAGACUUAUUAGCUGCGUCAGUGUUUGGACUUUAUGGAAAUAUUGUGUGGCAAAAAAACAAACCAUUUGAAAUAGACAUGUUUUACUAGAGCCCUUAUUGGCAAUAAAGACUUGUUGAAGCACGAAGUUAAA